AUGGACGUGGUGGUUCAAGGAGAUGCCCAUCCCACGACGGCCCACGAGAGGAAGGACGAGCUCGAUGGGGUGGACGACUCGGACGCGGUCGCCCAGCGCUGUCGGAUGCUCGAGGCCGAGACGGUGCACCGUGUCUUGAAGCAGCAAGAGGCCCGAGCUCGGAUCCGCUCCUUGCGACUUGCUAUCGCUCGGGCCGAGCUAUUUGUGCCCAAGACAAGCGAAGACGUGAAGGCCUUGAAGGGGCGGUACAACGACGCAAGACGGUCUUUCGUGGGCUUGGUACCCGCCUACUCCCUCGAGGCAGAGACUAUGAUCGAGGACAUUCUCGACCUGGCCGAUAAGCCCAAGGCAUUGCAAGCCGAGCUCGACGCCGUGCGUACCAAGAAGCUCGAAAUACAGCAGCAACUUCUCCUGCAAGAGAAGAAUUGGAACGCGCUUACGAAACUCAGUUCGGGACAAGCGCAUCGCGUCGUGUCGCUGGAGAAGGAGAUCCAUGACCUCGAAGCGGAGAUGACACACAUGGACGAGCAGUGCCACAUAUCUCGCAUGAGCCACCAAGACUGGAUGAACAAGAUCCAAGCGAUUCGCGAGCACGUGCGAAGCGCGAGCGAAGAAGCAAGCGUCGCGGCGUACGAAGCUGGCACCCCACAUGACCAAAGCGACACAAUCCAAGUCAGCACGCAACGCAUCGUCGCCAUAUACCAAGUCCCCGCCCCGACGCCGCGGCGCCCGUGUGGUUGA